CUUCCCGGUCCGCCCAUGCGCAGAAGGGAAUCUCGCUCCGCCCUGACGGCAACAGGAUUUGCCUUGCCUUCCCCUCCCGCUGGGAGCCCUCUGGACACAUUUGGGGCUCCCAUCCCCCCCAUCGUCCGCAGCCGAGUGUCAACGGGAGGAUUCGGGCCGGGGUUUCUAGCGGGGGAUGGGUCAAAACACUGCGGCCUUCCCCAGGCAGACCCAGAAAGCGGUUCUGCGCAGGCGCGGCCGCUCGUGCGUCCAUCCGGGUCCUCCGCCGGCGGUUGCCCGGGCGGUUGCCAUGGAGCCCGGGCGGAAGUUCGGGGGCGGAGCCAGCGCGAGGCAGAAGAUAAUUCUCUUGCUCCGACCUAUGAUUCUGAUACAGAAACAACACUGAAGAAGAAAAUGUCUCGCAGGCCUGCAAAAUCAAGAUCUCCAUAUACCUCUUACACCUGCCUCCAUUCUAAACGAACUGGAUUUCUGCGGACUUUUAAAAGCGCCGAGAGUAAGCGCUUUGAGAGCCCCUUAGUGAAAGCCUCAAAGCAAUAUUGGCGUGGGUCUCUGAAGCAAGGUACCUGGAUGAGCCACUCCAAGUCCGACAUUGGCAUCCGAACUGCUUCCUCCCCUCUCGCCGGCAGCACACCCGAGUAUCUCAAGGAAGCUUUGGGGAUGAAGAAACCGAAACACGCUCGCUCUGCCAGCCGUGGCUACAUCCCCGGGACUCCAGACUACAAGGAAAAGGAGGAUAUGUACGACGAGAUAAUCGAGCUCAAGAAGACCAUCCAAGCUCAGAAGUGCGAAGCGGAUCGGAUGAAGACCAAACUUCGGCGGGUGGAAGAAGACAACACCCGGAAGGACAGACAAAUGGAGCAGCUUUUGGAGCCUUUCAAGUAUUCUGAAUUUAGCUGGGUACGGACAGAACAGAAGAACGACAGCAGCUUGAUGAUAAAUGGUUUGAAGCAGAAGAUUCUCAGGCUAGAACAGCAGUGCAAGGAGAAAGACAACACCAUUAAUCAACUCCAGGCAGACAUGAAGAAUACCAACAUGGAAGAAAUGACUGUCGCUCUGCAUACUUCCUACCAAGAGAUCCGGCGCCUCCAGAACCUGCUGACACGCUCAAAAGUCGUGCAACGGAAAGCUUCUGAGAGCCCACGCCAGAAGAUGCUCAGUACGGCGGUCUUCCAACUCUCCGAAAGGAUGAAGGAGCUGCAGGAGCAGAACGAAAGGCUGAAAGCAGAGAUGGAUCACGCUCUGAGCAGCUUCCUCUCGUCCAGCCAAGCCAAAAAUUACCUUGCUCGCCAGAGACAGAAACUCUUCCAACUGAUUUCUGAUGGGGAAAAAGAAGUGGAGGAUGGGUUGCAACCUUCGGAGGCCAGCAGGGCGCUGUUGCUCUCUCCCACAGCCUCUGAAGAAGCGGAUGGCUCCGUUGCUAAGGAAUCCGAUCUCUCGGAAGCGUCUGAAGCUCUCGGCAAGAACGUCGUCGUUGCGGGGCUGAGAGACCGUAUUCUCGUCCUUCAGAAUCAGCUGGCGGUUAAAGAGGCCGAAAUCCAACAGCUGAAACAAAAGUUGAGAGGCCUGGAAGAAAACCAAGAAAUCCCCUGUAGAAAGGCUGGGAUUGAAGUGACACAACCUCCAGAUCAGGCUCCGGGCUCAUCUUCCAGGCUGUGCUCUCUGUCUGGAGUUGUUGGUGGCGAAGCAGGGAGGGAAGAGGAGGAAGAGGAAAGGAAGACAUCAGCUCUGAGACCCGUUCAGUCUGCAUCCAGGGCUCACGUCACACAAGCACCUCUUGAAGAACAGCCUCUCCCUCCCUCCAGCCCCGGGACGGAGAAAGAGAGUGAAGAGAAAGUAGGCUGGUCGCUAUUCAAAUUCUCCCCUCUGGUCUUCACUUCUGAUUCUGCGAGCGCCUCCCACCGUCAGCGGCAAGCUUCCCCCUCAAAGCUCCAGCACCCGGGGGCUGAGUCAGACGACUCGGAUGAGAUCAUCACCGUCAUGUCUUCCUUCCCACGAAGGACACCUCAUCUUCCAGGCUCUGGCGGUUCUGUGUGACAAGGUCCUCUGGGGUGCUCCCGGUUUGUGAACCGAAGUUUUGGGGGUUUGGCUAAAAAGAACAAAAAAAAGAAGUAAGGGGACCCCGUAAUGUAGCCGUGUCCACUCGGUGGCUUUGAUGUGGGUCACAGAGGCAACCCUCCCUUCCAGCUGUGUUCCCCAGCAGGCUACUGGUAGUCCUCGGCUUAUGACUGCAACAGGGAUGUCAAACUCAAUCGCGUGGAGGGCCUAAUCUGAGUUGUGUUGGACCUCGGAGGGGGGGGGGCAUGGGGCGUGGCUGGGUGUGUCGCCAUGGUGGAAGUGUUCUU